AUGAACCGAAAAAAGGCUUUUUUGGCUGAAUCGAUUGGGAGAAAACUUGGAUCUGGCAGUUGUCUGGUAGGAAAAGUCAUUGCACCAAAGGAUCGUUUCUUGAGUCAUAAUGAAAUUGCCAACCAUUUUCGUAAGUAUUGGAAUGUGCAACAUGGUUUUCACCAUAUGGAUGCCGGUUGGAAUACUGUUUUCUUCAAGUUUAACUCCCCAGUAGAUCUACGAAGGGUUCAACAAGGUUGUCCAUGGACAAUUGAAUCUGAUUGUGAUCGGGAUGGCCUUGCAAUCGGUGCAUGUUUGUGUACUCGAGUCUCUAUUGGCAUCACAAAGCCACUUUGUCAUUCAGUGGAGUUCAACUUCAAAGACAGGAUUUAUGCUUGUGAAAUGAGCUAUGAAAGGCUCCGUGAUUUUUGUUAUUUUUGCAGAAUAAUUGGCCACACUGAUCAGGAUUGUGAAGCAAAGAUCCUUAGUAAUACCACCCAUGAGACAAUCAUCAAUUUCAGGAAAACUCUUCGGGCAGCUUCAGUCACUGGUCGUUCUUCAUCAUCGUCAGGAUCUUCAAGUGGAAAUUGGAGGAGAUCAAGUUCUGAUAGCCAAGCCAAUUCGAGUAAUAAACCCUUAUAUCAGCCUCCCAACAAAAGAGACGAUUUUGAAUGCAGGAAAUCCACUUACCCGAAGCUUAUGAUUGUUUCUGAACCUGUUUAUCCUACCGAAGACAUUGUUGUUUCUUCACUCCCCACCCCAUUGCCUUCAAAACCACCACCCUCACCCUCUGAUGAACUUGUUCAUGUUAGCCUCCCGAAACCAACCCCAAUCUCACACGAAACAUACAUUUGGGGAAACUUUGUCCUCAGGGACUUCCCUUGUCUUGCAACCCCUGAAAAUCUUGCUCGAACUUUUCCGUAA